AUGAGUACCAGGCUGCCGAGGCUGGACCAUCUCCUCACUUCCAUCCUGACUGCAGUCUGUGGGUCUGAUUCUACACCUGAGGGGCUGACGGUGCGAAUCUGGGUUCCAGGGCUCAGGAUGCUGUUGCUACGAGCUGUUCUAUUGCUACUGGUCCUGCCAAUUCGCGGCCAGGACUCCGAGACAGAAGGGCCUGGAGUUGUGGUUCCCCUGCCAAAAGGGGCCUGCACAGGUUGGAUGGCAGGCAUCCCGGGGCAUCCCGGCCACAAUGGGAUCCCAGGCCGGGAUGGUAGAGAUGGCACCUCGGGUGAAAAGGGUGAGAAAGGAGAUCCAGGUCUUGUUGGUCCUAAGGGUGACACUGGUGAAACUGGAGUAACUGGGAUUGAAGGUCCCCGAGGUUUUCCAGGAAUCCCAGGCAGGAAAGGAGAACCUGGAGAAAGUGCCUACGUAUACCGCUCAGCGUUCAGUGUGGGAUUGGAGAGUCGGGUCACAGUCCCCAAUGUUCCCAUUCGCUUUACCAAAAUCUUCUACAAUCAGCAAAACCACUACGAUGUUACCACUGGAAAAUUCCACUGCAACAUUCCCGGGCUAUACUACUUCUCCUACCACAUCACAGUCUACUUGAAGGACGUCAAGGUCAGUCUCUACAAGAGAGACAAGGCGAUGCUCUUCACCUAUGACCAGUACCAGGAGAAGAAUGUGGACCAGGCCUCUGGCUCUGUGCUCCUCCAUCUGGAGAUGGGCGAUGAAGUCUGGCUCCAGGUGUAUGGGGAUGGGGACUCUAAUGGGCUCUAUGCAGAUAACGUCAAUGACUCCACCUUUACAGGCUUCCUUCUCUACUAUGACACCGUUUGA